AUGUCCGAACAAGAAAUUACCCACCCUACUAUUGUUGAUGGUUGGUUCAGAGAAAUCUCUGACACUAUGUGGCCAGGUCAAGCUAUGACUUUAAAGGUCGAAAAGGUGUUACACCACGAAAAAUCCAAAUAUCAAGAUGUUUUAGUCUUCAAAUCUACCGAUUAUGGUAAUGUUUUAGUCUUAGACAAUGCCAUCCAAGUUACUGAACGUGAUGAAUUCUCCUACCAAGAAAUGAUCACUCACUUAGCUAUGAACUCUCACCCAAACCCAAAGAAGGUUCUUGUCAUUGGCGGUGGUGAUGGUGGUGUCUUAAGAGAAGUUGUCAAGCACGAAAGUGUCGAAGAAGCUGUCUUAUGUGACAUUGAUGAAGCUGUUAUUAGAUUAUCCAAGAAAUACCUACCAGAAUUAUCCAAGUCUUAUGACCACCCAAAGGUCAAGACACACAUUGGUGACGGUUUCCAAUUUUUAAGAGAUUAUCAAAACACUUUUGAUGUCAUCAUCACCGAUUCUUCUGAUCCAGAAGGUCCAGCUGAAUCUUUAUUCCAAAAGCCAUACUUCCAAUUACUAAACGACGCAUUAACCGAAAAUGGUGUCAUUACCACUCAAGCUGAAAGUUUCUGGGUUCACUUACCAAUUAUCAAGAACUUAAAGAAAGCUUGUUCUGAUGUUUUCCCAGUUGCAGAAUAUGCCUGGACUUCUAUUCCUACCUAUCCAACUGGUAUGAUUGGCUUCAUGGUUUGUUCAAAGGAUAAGAGCGCUAACGUCAAGAAGCCAUUACGUGAAAUUUCUGAUGAAGAAGAAAAGGAAAAGUACAGAUACUACAGUAAGAAAGUUCAUGAAGCUGCCUUUGUUUUACCAACCUGGGUUGCUAAGGAAUUACAAUAA